AUGGCACUCACUAACGCUUUACGGGCUCGUUCAGUGACGACGAGUAAGCCAUGGCGAUUUGCAAACACGGUCUCUACAUACCAGCUCAAACGAACAUACUUCUCGAUACAUCACCCAGAUCCUCCACCUUUCGCCAAAACCCAAGACAGAAUCCUCUCUGCGGCUAUCGAACGCGUUCCAGAACAUGGCUUCACACAAAGAGCAAUGACAUUGGGAGCUAAGGACGCGGGAUACCUUGAUGUGACAGUCCAGCUGUUUCCUCGUCGCGUGUUCGACCUGAUCAACUAUCAUCUUGUCACACAAAGACUCCUACUGAAGGAGACUGUACAAUUCCCAGAAGGAGGCAGAUUGGGCAUGGGUGGGAAGGUCCGGACGCUUGCCAUGGCACGUCUGAGAGCCAAUGCAGACAUCAUCCAGCAUUGGAAAGGGGCUCUGGGCCACAUGUCCCUCCUCGAAAACAUCCCGGCCUCUAUGAAAGAGCUCAAUGCUCUCUCCGACGAAAUCUGGUACCUCGCUGGCGACACAGCUGUCGACUCCUCCUGGUACACGAAAAGAGCCUCACUCGCAGCGGUCUAUGCCAGCUCGGAGAUGUUUAUGACGACAGACACCUCCAGUGAUUUUGUUGCAACAGAAGAAUUCCUGGAUCGCAGGCUGAAAGAUGCGCAGAUUUUGGGAGGCAUGGCAGGAGGAUUUUCGCAAUACAUCGGCUUUUGGACUGGCAACAGUGUCAAUCUGGCCCGAUCCUGGGGCAUCAGAGUGUGA